AUGCUAACGACGGGCGGCACGGUGGAAGGGGCGAAGGUAGGCCCCUCUAGCAUAGCGGAAGGGGAACUCGGCCUACUGGCGACGAGGAGGCUAGAGAAAUUUGAGGUGUGUAGCAUCUACACUGGGGAGAUCUUCCGGACAGGAACGGCGCAGCCACCAGAGACAGUACCAGACGAACUAUCACGACACACGGCAGCAGGGGGGACGCAGCUGGAUGGAAGUGACGACGAGAGCGGGGACGACUUUGACAGCGUCGCGGCGCGGUGUAACUUCGACUGGCCUGCAGCAUCGAAUGAGCCGAAACGAGGCACGAGGGCGACGCACUUCGUACGCUACGAGGAGAUACAAUUAGGCAAGGCAGCUGCGCAGGAGAUGGGAUACAGGGCGGGGACCAGGGCGGAUCCGAACGCAAUAACACCCCAGCAAGCGCGGACGGCAUUCGCGAGAUACUGCAAAAAGAUAGACGUGACGAAGGAGGAGCUAGCGUGGAACUUUGGAUGCAUAUCGGCAAGCCAAAAUAACGAGCAGGAGGCUGUCCUGGAUGAGGAUAUAAACUGGGACGACGCAGCGGAGGGGAUAGGCGAGGGAAUCGAGGGACCGGAGGGCUUUCGCGACAGCGACGAUGACGACGAAGAAAGGGGAGGGGACGGAGGGGCGACACGCAGGAGGAGCGAAAUCGCUAACGGCCCGAGCAGAGAGGGCGACGGCGGGGCACGAGGGAACAACGGAGACGCUACCGAUGACGCGAACCGAGGCACGGACGCCGGCGGGGACGGGGAGGGCGACAGCGACGUCGAGGUUGACGCAACCGUAUCGAGAGCGCCACCCAAAAAGGGGCGGACAGCCAUGGAGGUCACCGAAUGGAGGGCGAACGGCACGAUGCGAAAAGGCAGGGCGAGGCGGAUGGAGAAAGAAACCGCGAGCAGACAGCGCCUGCUGGCCAUUUCGAGACAUUCGCCAAGAACGCUAGCUACAUGGGAGGGCUUCGUGAAGGAUGGAUUGAAAAACAUUCGAACAAAGAAGAGGCGACGGGAGGAACCGGCGGAGGAUGCAAUGCGCGACGCAUCAGACGCGCAGGAUGACGGUGCAAGCAUGUCCGAGGGCUGUCCCCCAACGGAAGAGGCCUCGCUCCUAUUGGAACACUCCAACAUCAGAUUUGCCUCGUGCGUCCCUUUUUGA